AUGUCUCUUUAUUGUCUCUUUAUUGUCUCUUUAUUGUCUCUUUAUUGUCUCUUUAUUGUCUCUUUAUUGUCCAUUUAUUGUCCAUUUAUUGUCUCUUUAUUGUCUCUUUAUUGUCUCUUUAUUGUCUCUUUAUUGUCUCUUUAUUGUCUCUUUAUUGUCUCUUUAUUGUCUCUUUAUUGUCUCUUUAUUGUCUCUUUAUUGUCUCUUUAUUGUUUCUUUAUUGUUUCUUUAUUGUCUAUUUAUUGUCUGUUUAUUGCCUCCUUAUUGUCCCUUUAUUGUCUCUUUAUUGUUUCUUUAUUGUCCUUCUGCUCUCUUUUAAAGACAAACAUAUACGUUAGGGUCUGCUGUACAGGUCUGCCUGUACAGGUGGCCUGCGCAGGUUAA